UAAGUAGUACUAUUUUUUGGGCGUUGUGGGGUGUGAAUACACUUUCCCACACGUAAUCGUACUCCCGAACCUAGAAUCUUCAAUUUUGCAUACCACAUCUCGAUUUUGAUCUCAAGUCGAGACCGAACAAAAAUGUGUUGAUCCACCACAAUUAAGACCGAUUGCGACUCCGAACAAUUGACGAUGAAUUCCCGAUUUCAAGGAGCGGUUGCCACACCACCCAUAAAAUUUGAUUAUCACAAAUAUUAUGAAUGGAUAGGGUUGAAUUGAACCAUUAGGUCGAUUUUUGGUUUUCUUUUUUUACUCCUAUAUGAAUGCAUUCCCUUUAGUUUGAAACAUGUCACAAAAAAAUAACCAUAAGAAAAGAAGUGCGAAAAAGAGGAGCAUAGAUAAUAGAUAGAGAAUUAUGCUGUGAAAAGGUAGUCGGUUUCGUUAACCAUUUAACUGCAAAUUAAAAAUAGAUGAAAUAAAAUAAAACCAACCAAUAGUAUGCCUCCACCUGUAGAGGUUGUAGGAGGAGCCUGCAAACUUGGUUGCAGGUAAAUAUCGUCCAUACUAAUAUAUGCAUGCAUUGUAACGAGUGAUGAACCACUUGCUUCCUCGUGAAAGCGAUUUAAAGGAGAUACAGAGUUGACCUCGCGUUUACGAGGCAAUUUCGUCUGCUUCGAGAUAUGCUGUGGGCCCCUAUAGUCCAGUUGUUUGGUUGUAGUAUUGAGGAGGGGUUUACAACGCUAGAAUCAUUUGAUUAAAUAAUCUUAAUCCUCAUUAGUAGUUGGACUAAUCACGAUCGACCAAUGAGAAGGCUAAUCAGAAAAAUAUUAUUAAAAUUAAACCCCCAACGGAGACACGCUAUAUUCAACACGCUCCUCUGACUUUGAGAUCGAUCAUGAAGAUUUCCCAAUGACUUUAUCUAGCCCAGAGAUCAUCAAGUUCAAUCUGGCUUUGGUCCUGAGACGAUAUUGUUCAUCAUUUUUAAUUACAUGGGAGACGUCGCCGUCGUCGUCCCCACGGCCGCCGUCCUCAUAAUCAUCACCACCCUCACGGCGGCGGCACCGCUGUCCUUCAACUUCACGGACCAAAUCUGCAGCGACGCCGCGGUGAAGCUCUACGGGUACGCUUCCUGCGCGGGUCCGGCCAUCCAGCUCACCCCGUUCGACUUCUGGGCCACGGGCCAGGCCCGCCACCCGAGGCCCAUGCACCUGUGGGACAGAUCCACGGGCCAGCUCGCCAACUUCACCACCGACUUCACCUUCGCCAUCGACAACAACAACGGCAGCUGGAAAUGCGACGGCCUCGCCUUCUUCCUCGCCCCGCACGAUUACGUCACCCCGGCCCACGCCGACUCCGGCCGGCUCGGUCUGGUCCACGGGAACUUCACGUACAACUCCACGGCGGUGGGGCCGAGCGGGGCGUUCGUGGCCGUGGAGUUCGACACCUACAACGACGCGUGGGACACGUGGCACGACGGCCUCAGCCACGUGGGGAUCAACGUGGACUCGAUGCAGUCGGUGGCGAGCAAGCGGUGGAGGAGCCACGUGGACGGGAGGACCACCACGUGGGUCCGGGUGUCCUACGAGGCAAAGAAGAAGAAGCUGUGCGUGGUGUACAAUACGACCACCGUGGAGGAGGAGACCCUCUGCUAUGGAGUUGACCUGAGGGAUUACUUGCCGGAAUGGGUGGUCCUCGGCUUCUCUGCCUCCACGGCGUUCAGGUAUCAGUCUCACACCAUCAAGUCCUGGUCCUUCUCCUCCGAUCUGGACGGCAAUUACCAAGACUAUAUCACGAGCACGACCACUACGACCGCCGGGAUAAUCAUGAGAUUGAUCUUACUCGUCGUGGGGAUUGUUCUAAUAGGUAGUGCUGCUCUUGCAUGGUGGAUGGUACCCGCUCGGGUUUUCUCCCGUCGAAUUUAUGUUUUUGCAGUGAAAAACAAAGAGAGAGAAGAAGAAGAAAACGGCUGGAAGGAGGACGACGAGGAGUUCUCCUCUGGAAUCCCUCUGCUGAGACGGCGCCGUCUUGACAGAAGCAAACGACAUUCGAUCGACGAGGGAGCCAAGUCCGUCCCACUAGCGGAACUGAAGCGGGCGACCAAAGAUUUCAGCGAGUUUCUCGGGAGGGGCGGGUUCGGGAUGGUGUACAAGGGACAGCUGGCGAGCGGCCAGCUGAUAGCAGCGAAGAAAGUCCCUCUGGACGGCGCGGCGAUGGAAGGCUUCAUGGCGGAGCUGGUGAUCAUCACGCAGUUGAGGCACGAGAACCUGGUGAGGCUGCUGGGCUGGUCAAACAAUCUGGACGAGUCGUGCUACUACCUCAUCUACGAGUACAUGGAGAACCUGAGCUUGGACUUGCAUCUCUACGGCGACGGCAACGGUCGGUUUACUAUGGGCUCGGUGACGCUGGACUGGGAGAAACGGUACCGCAUCGUGAAGGGACUCGCUAAUGCACUGAGCUAUCUACAAGCGGGAGGCGACGGGAAGAGCGUGCUCCACGGGGACGUGAAGAGCAGCAACGUGCUUCUGGACUUCCAGUUCAACGCCAAGCUGGGCGAUUUCGGGAUGGCUCGGGUGGUGGACCAGGACAUGCGGUCCCACGCGGAGCACGGCGGGACGCCCGCGUACAUGGCGCCUGAGCGUGCGGACCAGCGACGGGCCGCGCUGGAGUCGGACACGUACAGCUUCGGGGUGGUGGCGCUGGAGGUGGCGAGCGGGCGGAGGGCGGUGGUGCUGAAGGAGCACAUCGUGAGGUGGGUUUGGGAGAUUUACGGGAGGGGGAACGUGUUCGAGGCGGUGGAUCCGAGACUGGAAGGGGAGUUUGAUAGGGAUGAGAUGCAGCGGUUGUUGAUGGUGGGGCUCCAUUGUGCUCACCCGAACAGAAUUCGGAGGCUCUCGAUUCAAGAUGCGUUGCGGGUGUUGAGUGAUAUGAAGCUUCCAUUGCGGAAUUUUAAUCUCCCAUUGCAGUAUCCACCAACUAGAGAUGAUCCCCCGGUACCGCUUCUAGUGCCACAAAUACUUGAGGACGACUCCCUAUAGUAAGAGGGGUGGCCGUUCGUUUACCGGUUAAUCGGCCAGUUAAACCAAUAAUCGGCUGGUUAUCCACUAACUGGUAAGCGAAAUAACCGAACUUCGGUCGGUUAUCGGAGGCUGGAUAAAAUGGUUUUUGGUCU